ACUACAGUGAGCUAAUGAGCUAAAUAAGGCUUGCCUCUAAGUAAAUAAGUUCAAACUCGCGCUGUGCAGUAUCCUGACGUGACGAGACUUCUCUUCCCCUCCUUACUCUACAGAACCUGGACGACUGCUAAACUUGAGGAGAAGGGGGAAGAAACCCUGUUCUAUACCAAUAGGAGGCCAGUGUCACCUUAAGUGAUUGGGAAAUGGACCAAUGUUGCGUGGAGGGCUUGCUCCAGCAAUGAAGUGGAGGCGUGAAAGUGUGGCUGGCGACGCUAAGCUUGGCGACGCCUGCUUAGGAGUCUUGGGUAGCGCGAGGGGAGAGAGGAAGGUCGGUGUUUAACUAGCUGGUUGGUUUUUCUGUGCAGGUACGUGGAUAACCAUUGCCACUAGUUGAGCACAUAGUUUGGAAGAGGCAGUCUGCACUGGACGGUGUCAAUACGGUCUUCAAAGGAAUUGUUAAGGAAUACUUCAGGACUGGAGUAGUUAAAUAUAGUUAAAUCUUCCAAGAAGACCUCAAAUUUGUGUUGCAGGCCUGAGAUUUGGACACCUUUUUUAAAAAAAGAACCUGAUAACAGUAUCAUGCACCCCACAAGACCCCCAUUUUGGGGUGGUGCUUCUUCCCAUUUUUCUCAUGAUGGCCAUGUGCCUGAGUCUCAGUCACAGCUGCCUAUGGUUGAAGAUUUUGUAUACAGUAGAGGAAGAUCCAUCCCUUCAGCUGGCAGGAUGCAAAGAGUAUGCGAGAUGAUAAAGCAACCACCAGGACAUAUGCAGCAGCAACCACCAGGACGUAUGCAGCAGGAGUGUUCCACACUUACUCCAACUCUGUCCUCCAUGUUUCGGGGACUUGGCUUUGAGAUGGCCCCAAAGCUUACGUUGGGCCGAGGCAUUUUGAGCAGAGGAAUCAAAUUCAAAGGGGACUUUCCAGCACAGCAGACACAGUUGAGAAUAGAGCCUUCUGGAGACAGCAAGGUGGAGAGGCCACUUCUGGGAUGUGGCAGAGUACCUGGGCUUGGGGAAAGUGAAAUGGCUUUUGUUGGUCUUAGAAGAGCAGCCGUGGGACUUGGCAGGGCCUGUGUAGACCUCUCUGCUGCUCUGCAGUCAGCACCACUGGAACACCCUAGAUCAGAGAUUUCUUCAGAUGUUUCUGAGAACCUUUUGGAGAAAAAAGAACCACUAAUGAAGCAAGGCUCAAAAGGAAUACCUGUUCCCUUGGCACUGAACCUGAUUAAAAUACAUUGUCAAAACGAAGCUGUAUACCAAUAUCAUGUGACAUUCAGCCCCAGUGUGGAAUGUAAGAGUAUGCGUUUGGGAAUGUUGAAGGAACAUAAAUCAGUGACAGGAGAGGUUACAGCAUUUGAUGGAUCUAUACUCUACUUGCCGAUCAAGUUGUCUCAAAAUGUAGAUCUGAAGUGUCAGAGGAGAACAGAUGGAGUGGAAGUUAGUUUAAAGAUUCAGAUGACCAAAAUUCUGAAGCCUAGCUCAGACCUGUGUAUUCCAUUUUAUAAUGUUGUUUUCAGGAGGGUGAUGAGGAUUUUAGAUAUGAAACUUGUUGGGAGAAAUUUCUUUGAUCCUACCAGUGCUAUUGUGCUGCAGCAGUAUAGAUUGCAGAUAUGGCCUGGCUACGCAGCCAGUAUCCGGAGAACUGAUGGGGGACUAUUUCUGUUAGCUGAUGUUGUUCACAAGGUUAUUCGGAAUGAUUCUGUCCUGGAUUUCAUGCAUGCAAUUUAUCAACAGAGUCAAGAGAACUUCCAAGAUGAGUGUACAAAGCAGCUAAUUGGCAACAUUAUAAUUACCCGUUAUAACAACAACACUUACCGUAUUGAUGACAUAGACUGGAACAAAACACCGAACGACAGUUUUACCAUGUCUGAUGGAAAGGAGGUCACCUUCAUAGACUAUUACAGUAAAAACUAUGGAAUAACAAUCAGGGAAGUUGACCAGCCAUUGCUGAUUCACAGACCAAAUGAAAGAAAGAAUCCUCCAGGGAAGUUGCAAAGGGGUGAAAUCCUGCUGCUGCCAGAGCUCUCCUUCUUGACUGGAAUUCCUGAGAAGAUGAAGAAAGAUUUCAGAGUCAUGAAGGACCUUAGCCAGCAGAUCAACUUGAGCCCUAAACAGCACUAUGUCCGUUUGGGUCAGCUUCUGAACAGAAUUGAGAAGAAUGAGACUGCCUAUAAUGAACUGUCACGGUGGGGACUUCAUUUAGACAAUGAUGUGCAUAAGGCAAAAGGACGUGUUCUCCCCAUGGAAAGAAUCAACUUGAAGAAUAGCUCCUUUAAUACAUCAGAAGACCUAAACUGGACUAAAGAAGUAACCAGAGAAGCCUGCAUCUCUGCAAUUCCACUUCAUUACUGGGCACUGUUUUAUCCAAAGCGGACAAUGGAGCAAGCGCGUGAGCUUGUCAGCAUGCUGCAGAAGAUCUCUGGCCCACUUGGUAUCCAGUUAAGCCCACCUGCUUGGAGUGAAUUGAAGGAUGACCGAAUAGAGACUUAUGCCAGGGCCAUCAAAUCAUUACUAAGUAGUGAGGGUGCUGUACAAUUGGUAGUUUGUAUUAUCACUGGGACUAAAGACGACUUGUAUGGGGCCAUAAAAAAAUUGUGCUGUAUACAAUUUCCAGUACCUUCGCAGGUUAUUAAUGCUCGAACCAUUAUGACCAAUCCCAGCAAAUUUAGGAGCAUAGCACAGAAAAUUCUACUGCAGAUAAAUUGUAAACUAGGUGGAGAACUCUGGGGUGUGGACAUCCCUUUGAAACAAUUGAUGGUGAUAGGCAUGGAUGUGUAUCAUGACCCUAGCAGGGGAAAGCGCUCUGUGGUUGGCUUUGUGGCAAGCAUCAGUCACACUUUGACAAAGUGGUACUCUAGAGUAGUAUUCCAGAUGCCUCAUCAAGAAAUUGCAGAUAGCCUGAAGGUCUGCUUGGUGGGUGCCUUGCAGAAAUACCAUGAUGUCAACCACUGCCUCCCUGAUAAGAUCGUGUUUUACAGAGAUGGUGUAUCAGAUAGCCAGCUGAAAAUGGUAGAGAGCUAUGAAAUCCCACAGCUGCAGAAAUGCUUUGAAGCUUUUGAGAAUUAUGACCCUAAAAUGGUGGUGUUUGUGGUUCAAAAGAAGAUCAGUGCUAACAUAUAUUCUGCAGCCACGGAUCACUUCACAACUCCUUCUCCUGGUACAGUGAUAGACCAUACAAUCACCAGCCAAGAUCAGGUGGAUUUUUACUUGAUGGCUCAUCAUGCUCGGCAAGGGUGUGGCAUUCCAACUCACUAUGUGUGUGUAAGAAAUACUGCUAACCUCAGUCCUGAUCACAUGCAGAGGUUGACUUUCAAACUUUGCCACAUGUAUUGGAAUUGGCCAGGAACCAUCCGGGUGCCAGCUCCUUGCAAGUAUGCCCACAAGUUGGCCUUUCUUUCAGGGCAAGUUCUACAUCAUGAACCAGCAAUUCAGCUCAGUGAGAAGCUCUUCUUCCUAUAGCUCCUCCUACCAGCUGACUUCAAGAGAACAUGGAAGGAGGCAGUCCCUCCAAGGCAGACAUGAGGAGGAUGUCUUCUCCUGAAUCACCUUGUGCUUACUGUUGGACACCAUGUGCCACCCUUGGACCCACGCCACAAAUGUGGGCUCUGCAACAACAGUUACCAUCCCACAGGCCUAUACAUGUUUGUUUCGAAGCAAACACCCAAGCAUUCCUCAAAUCUCACCAGUUUGUGACAAGCAAUAAAUGGUAACCUCAUUUCAGCAUAAUAGCUAAUGGCUGGCAGCUUUUCAAUUUUAUUUUAUUUUAUUUUAUGAAUACUGCCUGGGAUUUUCAGUUCUGUGUGGAGUGUUGUGCAUAUUCAGUUGAUACGUCUUCUCUUCUGCCCUCUCUCCAAAUUCAGAAGCAAACCUGAGUCAUGUUUUCAGUUUCUAGUGGUUAUAAUACUGGAAAGCUUUAAAGAAAAAAAACCCACAAACAUUUCCCAAGUAUCUAAAGAUCUUUCAGUUGAUUAUUUAAGGGUUUUUUAUGGUUAUAUACUUUUAUUUUUGUACUAUCAUGUUCUUAAAAAGCAAAUCUUUAUCUUUUUAUCUCUUUUUGUUAAAGGUAGCAAUUACCUUGUUAGGCUGGAAUAAA